AUGAGCUCGCCGGACAAUGGCUCGCUAUGCGGCCACCGAUGCUGUGGUAGACAGCACCUUGUCAAACACAUCAAGCGGCAUCACAAGUCUAGCCCAUCCGAGCGUUCACGUGGCGCAAACACCGCGGUCAGGGGUGAAACCAUGGCUCAAUUGCCGACUCCCGCUGCAGACUACCAUCCACCAGCAAUCAAAUCAGAGGCCAAGCAGCCCGAACGAGAGGUUGUUGAUCUCGACUCAUCUCCGGAGCCCGAAGAGCAAGACAUCAAGCCUGGCAGCAAUGCGCAAAGUGAGACCAACAGCCAGCAGGCCGGUCUGCUGGAUCGCGAGCGUUCGGAACAGGUGAUGCAAGAAGAGUCUUCUGACGAGGAUGAUAUGCAGUUCGAGUUGACACAGCUCAAGCUCCAGAUUCGUCAGAACGAGCUUGAACACAGCCUCCGCAAGAAGCGUGAGACGGGAUAA